AUGGGGGAGCUUGACCCCAAUUCCACCGCUGGGGUGGACGGUCGCCUUUGGGUCUGGGUGCUCUUCGUUCACGCCGUAGGCAUCGCCUUCUUCACGAGCGGGUUCCUGCUGACGCGACUGGUCCUCGACGACGCCUCCGAAUGCGCCGCGCCCCCGAUCGACGUGUCGACGUCGGCGACGAAGCUGUGGACGGGCCCCGGCAACGUGGACGCGGGCUGCUGGCACCCCAAGUCAUUUAACAAGGCUGUCGUGAUCCUCAUCGACGCGCUCCGCUACGAUUUUACGGUGCCGUCGGGGGACAUACAGGACCCCAAGCCCUAUCACAACGCGCUUACCUUCCUCCACGAAUCCGCCGCCAAGUCCCCGCAGAACGCCGUGCUUCGACCCUUCAUCGCGGACCCGCCUACGGCUACGUUUCAGAGGCUCAAGGGCUUGACUACGGGGACGCUCCCUACGUUUAUGGACAUUGGGUCUAGUUUCGACGGCACCGCGAUCGAGGAGGACAAUAUCCUCAAACAGCUACGCCAACUAGACAAGAAAAUCGUCCAACUGGGCGACGAUACGUGGUGGGCGCUCUUUCCGGGAUACUUCCAACCCAACGAGAGCAAGGCAUUUGACAGCUUCAACGUAUGGGACUUGCACACCGUGGACAAUGGGGUCAUGGACCGGAUUUUCCCGCUCAUGGAGCCAGAGAAGAAGGGUUCUUGGGACCUGCUCAUCGGCCACUGCCUCGGCGUCGACCACGCUGGUCACCGCUAUGGGCCUGACCACCCCGCAAUGAACGCCAAGCUAGAGCAGAUGGAUGAGUUUAUCCGUCGCCUCACGGCCACUAUUGACGACGAUACCCUACUCAUUGUCAUGGGAGAUCAUGGCAUGGAUACCCGAGUACGCGACGCCCCGGCGAAUGCCAAGAUCCGGCCUGUGAACCAAAUUGAUCUCGUGCCUACUCUAUCCCUCCUUCUCGGUAUCCCGAUUCCGUUCAACAAUCUAGGCCGCCCUAUCGAAGAGGCCUUCCUCGGUAAAGACGGAACCUCUUGGAAAAAUCUUGCCACGGCCUCGCGGGUCGCGGCGGCAGGGAUCAAGAGGUAUCAAGCGGCGUAUUCUUCGGCGCAAACGUCGGCGCAGGAUGCCUCUCUUGGGUCGCCGAGGGCACUAUGGGACGCGGCAGAGCAGCAGCUCACGGGCGCGGGCAAAGCAGGCUCCGCCGCGGGGUGGAAGCUGGCUUCUGAGGCCUUUGCCUCAUACCAGGUCGAGACUCUGCGGCUCUGCAAGGAUCUGUGGGCGCGGUUCGACGCCGCCCGGAUGGUGACGGGAAUUGGCAUCAUGGCCAUCGGCGUCUUGGUGGUGCUGGUCUACGCCUCGCGGUCGAGGCAGGCACCGCGCGAGUCUGCGCUCGGCCUUCACAGGCGCAUUGUCCUCCGAGCGCUCGCGGGACUCGGAAUAGGAGCCGCUGGUGGGCUCGGCCUCUACGGCGCGUCGCUGACGGGGAGCCUCCCUAGCGUCGAUAUCCAUUAUGUGGCUGCCACCGCGGCCGUAGGCAGCCUUCUGGGGGUGUCAACUAGCCUGGGUUCAGCGGGCAAGACGCUGGGCAAUCUACUACCGAGGUCGAUCUGGGCGUGGCUGUCGGCCGUGUUCACGCUUAGCCAGUCCAUCGGCUUCGCCGCCAACUCGUUCACGAUCUGGGAGGAUUCCAUCUCGCUCUUCUUCCUCGGUACCUUUGGCCUGGUGGCGGCGGCGGCGGCGUUCCGUAUCAAGGAUGGAAAGGCGCGGUCGCGGGCCGUCUUCCACUCAAUCCUUUUCGUCAUCCUGGCUCGCGUGGCAUCGUACUCGAAACUGUGCCGAGAGGAGCAGAUGCCGUACUGCAUGUCGACGUACUAUGCGUCCACGACGUCGUCGACAUCGUCGACGGCCCAGCUCGCGAUCCCCUUUGUGACGGCCGUCGCGCUCCCGUUGGUGCUCGCCUCGUCGCUCAAGAAGACGAGCUCGUACGAGGGACGCGGCAGACAACGGAGACUGGUUCCCGGAGCUCCCGAGACGAUUCUGAAGCGCGCGAGCGUGUCGGUGGCCCUGGGAGUGCUGGGCCUCGUGUUCAUCGCGGGCGGACUCAUGUUUGCGUGGGGCUCGCCGCUGGUGGGGUGGCAGCCCGUGCAAACGGCCGACGGCAAGACGCGGACGCGCAUCGAAGGGUACGGCAACGCAUGGGGUAGCCGAUACCUGAUGCUCCCCGUGAUGCUCCUGGUGGCGUGCAUCCUGCUGUCGAAGCCGAUGGGCGGCGGAGCGCUGGCGCUCAUGAUGUGGCAGGUGGUGUGCCUGGUGGAGGUGCUCAAGGCGCACGGCAUCGCGUCCGAGCCGGUAGGGCCGGUGGUGCUGGGCCUGCUGGGCAACUUUCACUUCUUCACGACGGGCCACCAGGCGGCCAUCAGCACGAUCCAGUGGGACAGCGCCUUCAUCCCGCUCUUCACGAUCCGGAUGCCGUGGAGCGCGGUGAUCAUCGUGAUGAAUUCGUUUGCGGGCCAGAUCGUGGCGGCGGUGUCGCUGCCGCUGGUGGUGGGGUGGCUCGCGUCGCCGGACGAGGGGGCCCUGCUGGAGGGUGAGCCGGUCGAUGGCCGGGUUCGCGUCGUACUUUUCGGUGCAGUCCCUGGCGACGAUGAUGUGGGCGGGCCACCUCCGCCGGCACUUGAUGCUGUACCGGGUCAGGAACCAGCUAAGGCGGGAGAGACCACAACAAUGGCGUCGGUGACGUCGUUGGACAAAGAUUUGCGCAAAUUGCGCCUCGACAAAUACACCCCCGGAGCCGCCAAUGAGGCUCGCUCUUGGAUUGAGGGCAUUCUCGGGGAGCGCCUGCCCUCUUCUGAUCUUUUAGAAGGUCUCAAGGAUGGUGUCGCGCUUUGCAAACUCGUGAACCUUGCCAUCGGCCCUCCGGGCCUCCGGUACAAGCAAUCCGCCAUGCCCUUUGUCCAGAUGGAAAACAUCUCACUCUUCCUCCGAGCUUGCAAGGCGCCGCCUCUCAACCUCCAGGAACACGACGUCUUCCUCACCGUCGACCUAUACGAGCAAAAGGACCCCACCCAAGUCCUGCAGUGCCUCGGCGCCUUUAGCCGCGUCGCCAACAAGCUUAACCCCUCGGGGUUUCCCUCCGCCAUCGGACCCAAGCCCCGCUCCGGCAUCAUGAGCCCCCAGGCCACCGGCGGGCCUAGCGUAACCACGCCCAUUCGCGGGCGAGGCAUCUCCAACGCGAGUAACACUUCUUCGGCCUACGGAAGUCGCACCGUCCUCGCGCCGAGCAAGACGGGCGACUCGGGCUCUGGGCGCUGGAGUCCCACCAAGAGCCCAACCAACGGCUCCACGUCGCCCGGCGUCGCGGUUAGCAGCUGGAGCCGCCGGGAGCACGAGGGCAGCACCGCGCCUGCCUGGAACAUCUCGCAGUACGGGUACAUGGGCGGGGCGAGCCAGGGCAACCUCGGCAUCGCGUUUGGUGGGAGGAGGCAGAUUACCAGCGCGGGCCCCUUCGUGCCCAGCUUAGCCGAUAAGGAGCGCAAGCGCAAGGAGGAGGAGAGGCUCCGGCAGGAGAUGGAGGAGGAGGAAAUGCGACGCAAAGCCGAGCUCGAGGCCGAGGAGGAACGACAGAGGCGGGAGGAGGAGCGCAAGUGGGAAGCGGAGACGAACCGGUUGCGCGAGCAGGAGCGGAAAAAGGUCGAGGAGGAGAAGCGCAAGUGGGAGGAAGAGGAGCGCAUGUGGAAGCUGACUGAAGAAAAGAGGCGCCGCGACGAAGAGGACGCCCAGGCCAAGCUGGAGGCGGAGAGGACGAGGACGAGGAGUCGAAGCCGUUCGGCACUCCGCGGCCAGUACCUGAGCCAAUACCAAGCUGAGACGGGCGGCGCUUCGGGAGGAGCCGGAGGAGGAGCUGGAAAGGAGCUAGAGCUCGCGCGCCAGCGGGAGCAGGAGUACGAGCGCGAGAGGCAGCAGACUCCGGGUCGACGACCGGCGUCCCGCGCGGAAGAGCAGCAACAGCAGCAACAACAGCAGCAACAACAGCAACAACAGCAGCAGCAGCAGCAACAGCCACAGCAAGGCCCCAGCACGCGCAACGCUUGCCGCCGCCCCAGCAGCCGUCUCCGGACCCACACAAGUUCGCGGCGCCCGCCCCAUAUCGCCCCGCCCGCUCCCGGACCCGGCGUCGGCGGCGGCGGCGGCCCUCUCGUCCUCGCCACCCAAGGUCAGGACGCACAACACGGGAGGGCGUCCGCUCCCCAACCCGGCAGCGUACGCGACCGUAUCGUCCCCGCCUCCUGCGCAGGUUUCGGGGCCCGCGUCUUCGCCGGCUGCCCCGCUUCCGUCGUCGUCGUCGUCUGGGCCACCCCUUCCCAGCAGCAGCAGCAAUACCACCCGCCUCCGGCCCAGCCUGGAAACCGCACGGAUAGGUACAUGGUAGCGAACCCGGUCCCUAAGCCGGCGGUGGCCGCGCCCACGUAUUCUCGCGAGCUCGGCGCGACUGCGGAACGUGACGCCGAGGACAGGCGGAGAGCCCAGCGGCAGGUGGACACCAAGGCGGGCGGGCGGGCGAGCAAGUCGCUGCUGGAGCGAGAGAUGGAGAUGGAGCGCCAGCGCCAGCGCGAGUGGGAGGAGGCGCAAAGGAGACGGCCAAGGCGGCGGCGCGCCCGGGAGCCACGGAGGGCGGCGUGGACGGCAUUGGGCCAGAACAAGGUUGGCACGGGCAUCGGCGCGGGGAGGAGGCAGAUUGUUGGCCCGAGACCGUUGCCGGGACCGCCGCGGUGA